AUGCGUUCCUCCCACAUCCCGCACACGCUCCGCGCCAGCACAUGCGCCGCCGUUCUCCUGUUCGCCUGCACAUCCUGCGUGUCCGCCCAAUCCCCCACCUCCUCCUCCACCACAACAACAACGUCCCACUCCACCACCACCCCGUCCCCCUCCGACCACAUCGACCCCAACUCCAUCUCCACCGGCAACAGCGGCCUCUCCAACGGCGCCGUCGCCGCCCUCAGCGCCUGCGGCGGCUUCGUCUUCGUCUUCUGCAUCGCCGCCACCCUCUUCAUCUGGAACCGCCGCGCCACCCGCGACAUGCCCGACGUGCAGGAGCUGGUACUGAGUGACGGCGACGAUGCCGGCAGGCAACAGCGCGCGAUUAUGGCGGGGCCGUUGAGCACGCUGACGCCAUCGUUGACGCCGCCGGAGCCUGUUUAUAGGCCGUGUAGUGGUGGUUCGGGGAUGAUGCGGAAGAAGGGGUCCUAUGCGAGUGAUGAUUAUUAUGACUUGGAGGAGAAGGGGCUGGGUGGCUUGCGUGUGGGGCUGCGGCAGGGGAGUGGUCGGGAUUGGGCGGAGGCGCUGGAGGGGGAUGAGGAGGCGGUUUUGCAGGCGGCGGUGGCGAGGGUGGUGAGUGGGAAGUCGUAUUAA